AUGCCGUACAAUACCCGUCGCAAGUCACUAUCCCUCCCGUCGCUAGGCAUCCAUCUCCCAAACUCGUCGCGCCGUUCGCCGUCAAUUUCAAAAGGACCGACGGAGGAUCUGCCGCCGACAAAGAAAGUGAAGCGCUCGCAUUCUUCAUUAUCGCCCGAGCCUUCCGCCCAGAGGGAAACUGUCUUGCGCGCCGGCAUGAACGGGGUCUUCCGACAUACGCCGCCGCCAUCGCCUCUCGAUGGGGGCAUCACACCUAAGAUCGAUACCGAGGGUAUCAACGAUGAUAUUGUGGUCGCCGUGAUCGACCAACUAGAGAAGACGGGUAAUCGCCCGCAUCUCGUCAAGGAGCUGGCAGCGGUCCUGGUUGCGCUAAAUGCGACUGUCGCCAAUUCUGCUAAUCCCGCUGCCCUCCUCUCCUCGCGCCUGGCAGCUUAUAUGAAGCGCCCGUGGACAGCGCUGUCGCCGUGCCCGAUGGCCAAGGAACUCAUUAAUAUUCACCCACGCAAAGUGUACUAUUAUUUGACGACCUAUCCUCGUCAACCCAUCCCGGAGCCCUCCGACGAGCUGGUCUCGAGCAUCGACGGCAAGCACAUCACGCCCAGUGUCUCGAGCAUGGACCAGGACGAGGAGGAUGCGAUCGCCCGCCAGAGGAGCCCGAGUCCGGAAGUGGAUCUGUCGUCGCCCGACUUCGAAGAUGAGAAUGUCGACUUGGACAGUUCCGCGAGCCGCGGCGGCUCUUCCGAUCAGUUCCCGGAUCCCACCAGCCACACUCGCCUUAUGCACUCGCACCGCGCGGCCUCCCCGCCCCUGGAGGGCGACGAGAAGGAAUUCACCCAAACCGCCAGUGCCGUGCGCGAGCGUGCCUCGGAGGAGAAGGCCAGCCGCCAGGGCUCUUCCGAACGCGGUCUCUCCGUCCUGUCGGAGGGCCUCAGCAACAUGGACGAGGAAAUGAGCAUUUCGGAAUCUUCCGUGAAUGGUGGAUCUAUGUCUCCCUCUAUCCACAGCGGCCGGAUGUCCGAGGAAGAGUACAGUGAUUACUUCUCCCACAUGGACCCUUCGGGUCAAGAUUCCCAGGACCUUGACGAGGCCGCUGCGGUUGCCCUGUUUGGUACUUCGCCCUCCCCCUCGCUCACCUCCGUUGCAUCGUCGGUCUCGUCUGGCACGAGCGCUAUAACCGACGCUGCCGAGGAGCGGGCCGAGUCGCUCCCGGCUCCUCCGCAAAUCAGCCUUCCGACUGACCCGGAUACCGCUGCGGUUUCAACUCUCAAGCGAUCGCUAGACAUGUUAAACAGCGGCCUCCCGGAUGUCGACCUGAAGAUGUCUGAUUUGACUGAGUCGCACGAGAAGCUCAGUUUGGGUCCUCGGGUCAUGGCCGCCAUGACCACCGAGCCCAUCCUGGACUCCUGGAGAGAGCUGCAAAACCCGGAGACCGUUGAGGUUGAUGAGCUUGAUGAGAUGUUUGGCGAAAUCUAA